AUGUCGGCCCUCACCCUGUUUUUGAGAACCUAUCGUACUACGCCAAGUGACGGAUGCAGUCCGGCAGAGCUCCUCCGUGGGCGACAGCCGCGGCCCCUGCUCCAUUUGCUGCUGCCGCCCUCCUCCCGCCCCCACUCCCGGCCCUCGCAGUGGUACACCCCUGGCACGGCCGUGUGGCCCCGCGAGUACUGGCGCAAGGCGGAUUGGACACCCGCCACGGUCGUCGCGGCCCGUGGGCGGCGUGUUAAGUCAGUGCAGACGUCGAAAUGGUUGGAGCGCCGCCAUCAUAAUCAGCUCCGCCCUCGUGCUGCCACGGACUCGGGCCGCCGCCUCGGGUCACCGCCCCAGCCCCCGGUUGCCGUCUCUCCGCCGGCCCUCUCAGCCUCCGGCUGGAUCGGCGGCUCCAUCCCCCGCCCUGGACUCGGGAUCGGCUGUCACGGAUACCUCGGGGGUCCCUUCCUCCACGCCAAUUGCGGUUGA